GAAUUUACUUAAAAGAAUAACAUUGAGUCUAGAAUUAUUUAUGAUGAGAAGUUGAAAAUGUUUUUACUAAAAAAAAAAAAAAAAUGUCCAAGACCGCCUUUUUGAGAAAUACACAAUAAACCAAAGCGUUUUUCUCUUCGUCGGAGAAGUCCGAGGGACCGUGAAAGCAGCGCGCGGCAGGAUAUUUGCGGAAGUGGGUGAGCGGACCAUCACAUGACCGAGCAGCAGCCGCUCCGAGCGUUCCCCGACAUGGACAAACGUCUCCGGACACGGUGACCCCUCACCGAGCGGCGGCGCGGGCUCCGACGCGGGAACGUCCACGAUGGAGGAGAUCAAAGUGUCUCCAGACUACAACUGGUUCCGAAGCACCGUGCCCCUCCGGAGGAUCAUCGUGGAUGAUGACGACAGUAAGGUGUGGUCUCUGUACGACGCCGGCCCGAAGAACGUGCGCUGUCCCAUCAUCUUCCUCCCGCCGGUCAGCGGGACGGCGGAGGUGUUCUUCCAGCAGGUUCUGGCGCUGACGGGAUGGGGGUACCGAGUCAUUUCACUGCAGUACCCGGUCUACUGGGACCUGAUGGAGUUCUGCGACGGUUUCAGGAAGCUGCUGGACCACCUGCAGCUGGAUAAGGUCCACCUGUUCGGCGCCUCGCUGGGCGGGUUCCUCGCCCAGAAGUUUGCGGAGUACACCCACAAGUCCCCCAGAGUGCACUCGCUGAUCCUGUGCAACUCCUUCAGCGACACCUCCAUCUUCAACCAGACCUGGACGGCCAACAGCUUCUGGCUCAUGCCGGCCUUCCUGCUGAAGAAGAUCGUUCUGGGGAACUUCGCCAGAGGACCUAUGGACCCCAAGAUGGCCGACGCCAUCGACUUCAUGGUGGACCGACUGGAGAGUCUGAACCAAAGCGAGCUAGCGUCGCGGCUAACGCUCAACUGUCAGAACUCGUACGUGGAACCGCACAAAAUCAAAGAUGUGGCGGUGACCAUCAUAGAUGUGUUUGAUCAGAGCGCUCUGUCGCUGGAGGCCAAAGAGGAGAUGUACAAGCUCUAUCCCAACGCCAGGAGAGCUCACCUGAAGACCGGAGGGAACUUCCCGUACCUGUGCCGGAGCGCCGAGGUCAACCUCUACAUACAGAUUCACCUGCGGCAGUUCCACGGGACGCGAUUCGCCGCCAUCAGUCCUGACAUGAUCAACGCAGAAGAGCUGGAGGUCCACGCCAGCCGCCAGGACUCUGACGACGACCAAUGAGGCGCUGCGCCUCCUCGAAGCUCCGCCUUCCACCAGGAGCUUCCUGAACAGAAGAUAUUUUUACUGGACAGAAAAUAUUUUCAUACUUGCAGAAACUUUGCUCACAAACACUCUACACUUUGCCUUACGAGAACUCAACCGCGGCGGGCCAGAACCAGAACCGCGGCGGGCCAGCACCAGAACCGCGGCGGGCCUGAACCGCCUGAAUUACAGUGUUCAGGAGGCGCCGGGACGAUUCUUCUUCUUCUCUUUAUUUUGAUCUUCAUGUUUUAUUUUCCAUCUGGGCUCCAGACUGAACCAGAACUUCUCAGCUGCUUCCUGGACGACAUCAUUUCUGAGGUUUUAUUUAUGUGAUCAUUGUUGUAAUAAAUCAUCGAUUGUUCUGCGGUC